UGGACAACUCCCGAGAAGGCCAUUAGAAAAGGAAGAAGAGCUUCUCAUUUGGAUUGAGAAAGACUGUCUCACUUCCUCCUACCCUACAUCCCAUCUCCUCCUGGCAAUCAACCUUAAAACAUCUCUUCCCACCUCCCCCAAAAGAUUUGCUUGCGAGUCAUUAUUUUGGUCUCAGGAGUGAACAAAUCACCACAUCAUGAGACUGAAAAAAAGUUGUGUUAAGCCCUGAGACUUUCAAAUGUCUAUUUCAGGUCGAGUACAGACCAUGUUCCUCCUCCUGCUAGUGUUGAGCCUGGGGUCGCAGCUUCACUGGACAGCAGCAUUAUUUACAGUGACAGUCCCUAAGGAAGUGUACACAGUAGACUACGGCAGCAAUGUGACCCUGCAGUGUGAUUUUGACACUGGAGAUUGUAUGCAACUUGAAGAAAUAAGAGCCAGCUUGCAAAAGGUGGGAAAUGAUACAUCCUCACACAGUGAGAGAGCCACCCUGCUAGAGGAGCAGCUGCCCCUGGGAAAGGCUUUAUUCCACAUCCCCCAAGUCCAAGUGAGAGAUGCAGGGCAGUACCGCUGCCUGGUCAUCUGUGGGGUCGCCUGGGACUACAAGUACCUGACCAUGAAAGUCAAAGCUUCCUACGAGAAAAUAGACACUGGUAUCCUAAAGGUCCCAGGGACAGACGAGGUGAAGCUUACCUGCAAGGCUAGAGGUUAUCCCCUGGCAGAAGUGUCCUGGCCAAACAUCAGUGUUCCUGCCAACACCAGCCACAGCAGGACCGCUGAAGGCCUCUACCAGGUCACCAGUGUUCUGUACCUAAAGCCUCAACCUGGCAUAAAUUUCAGCUGCAUGUUCUGGAAUGCUAACAUGAAGGAACUUACUUCAGCCAUCAUUGACCCUCAAGGUCAGAUGGAAUCUGAGGUCCCUACAACUUCGCUGCUUCACAUUUUCAUCCCUUCCUGCAUCAUUGCUUUAAUUUUCAUAGCCACGAUGAUAGCCCUGAGAAAGCGGCUCUACCAAAAGCUGUUUUCUAGAAAAGAUCUGAACCUGUAGUCUUGGGAGCUGAGGUGACUCAUGGGACAUCCUCAAGAGGACAAGAAUUCAUUGGCCUGCAGAGUUUACCAAUUGCACUUUUCUAAUGCUUUGGAUGAGCUAGCAGUUUAAUCAAGAGACUGCGAUGAGACAACACAGAGUCUGGCCACGGUAUGCUUACAGGAAGUCAAGCAGUUACGCAUUCCCUGCUCAGGCCUAAUCUGUGGAGACCGUGGUUCUUAACAAGCACUAUUGCACUUUAGAAAGUUGCCCCCUGGAUCCUGGACCCCAGUGAGUGUCCUGAGGCUCCUUCAUGCUGCCAUGCUACAAGCACAGGGAACAUUUUCCACCUUAACAUUCCAAAGUGAGUUCCAGAACAGAGAUAAGUGGAAAUUUCCAGUUACAGAAACAGACUGAUUGCCAAUAGAGUUAU